AUGCCGUUACUGUGUCAUGGAACCCGAGCCAAUACGGUGUUGUAUCACUCAGAUCCCUUCACGCAUCUGUCUUUGGAUAGCGAGUAUGCUGUGACUGUCAUGGCACUGCCCAUUCCUGAGCGGUGGGAUCAGUUCUAUCAGAGGAAACAGUUUUUUACACGCACAUGUCCUGAAAAAAAUGGUCUCGAAGAGUGUAAGAAAGACUGGUAUCCCAGAUACGUUGAGGUCCACCAGGAGAGCCGGGACGUUUAUGUGACCUUUAACCUUGCACCUGAGAACUUCAAAGUGCGUCAGUAUUUUUCAUCAUGUUUCGGAGGCGGCCUGCGGAAUUACACAAGCAUCAAACCAGAUUUCAGUCUCAAUAAGACACAUCACACGUACCGAUUGCAGAAUCUCCAAGUGGGUACGAACUACACCUGCGAGAUUGCUGCAGAUGUUGUGGAUGCAGUCAGGAAAACAUUCAUUGUUGUAGUAAAACAUAGUUCUGAAGAGCCGCCAAUCUCACGCUUCACAGAGAGCUCUUCACUAAUGGUGCUCUUGUCCGUGGGAAUCCUGCUUGCUGCUACCGCACUGCUCACCUUCAUUGUUGUCUACAAGAAAAGACUCAAAAAGAAAAUGGUCCAGACCAAAAUGAGACCAGAGAUCAUUGAACAGUACUAUGACAAAAAACUGGAUGAAGGACAGUGCGUUUUGCUGGACAGAGCCACCUGCCCCCCUCGCCUCCUGAUUUGCUAUUCAAGUAAUGAUGGUCCUGCCCACGUCAGAGUCGUGCUUCAACUGGCUGCGUUUUUGCAAAAGCACAUGGGUACCCAAGUGCAUUUGGACUUAUGGGAGGCCUUGAGUAUUAUGGAGGAGGGCAGUAUGGGGUGGCAUUGCAGGAGAUUGAACGAGUGUGACUUUGUGUUGGUCAUCUGCUCACAAGGUCUCCUUCAGAAUCAGAAGCAGCAGUCUGAGGAUGAGGAACCAUUAGAGAACACUGCUUUGGCAAUGGUUUCCAUGAUCGGAGAGGAGUUGUGCCGUGCCAAAGCGUUAGGUCGAGACCUCUCCAAAUACAUGGUGGCCACUUUUGAGUACUCACAAGAGUCUGAUAUCCCCUCGGCACUUGGUCUUGCUUCAAGAUACACCUUGACUAAAGACCUACCCUUGCUCUUCUCUCAUCUUCACGGAGUGGCUUUGCAGAAGCCCGGAGUUUACCUACAGGUGGAGAACAUUUCAGAAAGUGGGUACUGUAAACUCCCAGCUGGGGCUGCACUACAGCUGGCCAUCCAGGAGGCCACGACACAGUUCUCUGAAGAGGAACAUGUAGGAAUUCCUGUCAUUUCAUAA